AUGGCGCCAACAGCCACGGUCACAGCCGACAAUGCUUCAAGCGAGGGAUACAAGCCCAAGCACAUCGAGGACCGCCUCUUCAUCAACGGAGAGUUCGUUCCUUCGAUUUCGGGCAAAAGAUUCGACAUCGUCAACCCAGCCACGGAGAAGUUCGCCGCUUCCGUGUACGAGGCUGGCGCCGAGGAUGUCGACGUCGCCGUCAAGGCUGCCCAAGAGGCGUUCCCGGCCUGGUCUGCGCUCUCUGCUGCUGAGCGAGGCGGAUACUUGAACAAGUUGGCCGACGCCAUCGAAAACAACCUUGAUGAGAUUGGAUACCUCGAGGCCAUCAGCAUGGGCAAACCAUACGUCGGCGACUUCUUGAACGCUUUCGGUGUACAAUUCCUAAGAUAUUUCGCAAACAAGGCCCUGGACGUUGCCGGAGACUCGUCAUUGAACUCGGCCAACAUGGUCAAUCUCACGUUCCGGCAACCAUUCGGGGUCUGCGGCGCCAUCAUCCCCUGGAACGGGCCUCUUCUCAUGCUCAUCAACAAGAUCGGCCCUGCGCUUGCCACCGGCAACACUCUCGUGCUCAAGUCGUCGGAGAAAUCACCGCUCUCGAGCCUCGUCGUUGGUCGACUCGCCCAAGAGAUCGGUCUACCAAAGGGGGUAUUGAACAUCGUCAGUGGCUAUGGCCGGCCCUGCGGUGAAGCCAUUGCGAAACACAUGGACAUUCGAAAGGUCUCCUUCACCGGGUCCGUCAUCGCGGGGCGAGCGGUCAAAAAGGCGGCGGCCGAAUCCAACUUGAAAAACGUGACUCUGGAGCUGGGAGGAAAGAGUCCUCUCAUCGUGUUCGAGGAUGCCGAUCUUGCAAAGGCCGUUCCGGCCGCGGCAUUCUCGAUCCUGGCCAACUCGGGUCAGGCGUGCAUUGCCAGCUCGAGGGUGUACGUGCACAGCGCGAUCUCCGACCGCUUCUUGGAGGCCAUGAAGACGGCCAUGGUGCAGAUGGGCGUGUCGGGCGACCCUCUGGCUGCAGGGACCAAGCGAGGCCCCCAGGUCGACAAGCUCCAGUUCGACCGGAUCAUGUCGUACCUCAACUACGCCAAAGAGAACAAGUUAGACAUCCCCGUCGGCGGCAACCGCGAAGGAAGCACGGGUUACUACAUCGAGCCGACCAUCAUUGCCAACGCACCCGAGGACUCCAAGGUGAUGAGGGAGGAGAUCUUCGGCCCCGUCGUCUGCGUCAACACCUUCUCCGACGAAGCCGAGGUGCUGAAGCGCGCCAACGACACCGAGUACGGCCUGUACGCCAGCGUCUUCACCAAGGACGUCUCGCGCGCCUUGCGCGUCGCCAAGGCUCUGGAGGCCGGCUCCGUCGGCGUCAAUUGCACCAGUCCCACCAUGGCCAUUGACCUGCCCUUCGGUGGCUGGAAGCAGAGCGGUGAUGGACGCGAGUUGAGCAAGUACGCCACCGACUACUGGACCGAGCUGAAGAGCGUGUUUAUCUCGUUGUGA